AUGAGCGCCGCCGAGGAAACCAAGCCUGUCGAGGCUGUUGCCGCCGAGGCGCCCGCCCAGGCUGAGGAGCCUGUGAAGGCCGAGGAGACUGUCCAGACGGAGGAGUCCGAGGUUAAGCCUGCAGAGUCCGAGAAGAAGGACGCCAACAUCAUCAAGACAACCGCCCGGAUUGACAACAAGCAGCACGCCAACAACGUGAAGUUCGACCCUUCGCUUCUGCAGGAGACAGACGACCCCGUCGAGAUCCGCAAGCAGGUCGAGUUCUACCUUUCCGACAGCAACCUGCCCCACGACAAGUACUUGUGGGAGCUUACUGGCGGGUUCGAGAACAAGCCUAUUCCCCUCAAGACCAUCACCAACUUCAAGCGCAUGCGCCGCUUCCAGCCCUACUCCGCCAUUGUCGCUGCCCUGAAGGAGAGCACCCAGGUCAACAUUGCUGGUGAGGAAGGCGAGGAGACCAUCCAGCGCAAGCAGGCUUACGCCCCCGGCAGCGACAAGUACAACGCCCGCUGCGUCUACGUCAAGGGCUUUGGCGACGAGGAGCCCUCCACCCAGUUUGAUCUCGAGGCCUUCUUCACCCAGUUCGGCCCCAUCAACGCUGUCCGCCUCCGUCGCACCAACGAGAAGCUCUUCAAGGGCUCCGUCUUUGUCGAGUUCCCCGACGAGGAGGCUGCCCAGAAGUUUGUCGCCCUCGACCCCAAGCCCAAGUGGAAGGACCACGACCUGAAGAUCAUGCCCAAGAUCGACUACGUUAAGGAGAAGAGCGCUCUGAUCAACGCCGGCAAGCUCGAGCCCAACACCUCGCGCCGAUUCUUUGAGGGUAAGGAGGGCAACGACCGUGGCGGACGCGGCCGUGGUCGUGGUGGCCGUGGUGGCAACUUCGGCAAGGAUGACUGGAAGCAACGCCGCGACCACGACCAGAAGAACGGCUUCAAGGGCGGCCGUGGUGGACGUGGUGGCCGCGGCCGUGGCCGUGGCGGAGACCGCCGGGGCGGACGCGAUAACCAGGAGAACCGCAAGGACCCCAGCGAGAUCACGAGCGACCGCAACGCUGGCAAGCCUACCAUCCAGGCCACGAACGACAAGGGCGAGGUUGUCGCGGAAGAUAAGAACGACAACGGCAAGCGCGCCCGCGAGGACGAUGGCGCCGCCCAGCCCGAGGCGAAGAAGGUCGACACCAAGACGGACGUCGCCGCAUGA